AUGGCCCGUGGAUUCGUCACUGCCUUCAGCACCCUGCUGCUGUCCAUGGGGGCGCUAGCCGAAGAUACUUGGCCGUAUAUGACUCUACAGACGGCUGACUUUACGCCCCCUCAGCUCGAGGUGAAAAAGACCGGAACUACCGACCCUGGCUACAUCUUCAUCGGUCCUCGGGGUAACCAGCCGAAUGGCACUGCGGCCCUCAUCUACGAUGAGGACGGCAACCUUGUGUAUCAAGGCCCUACCGAGGUAGCGGCCAACUUCAAAGUGCAGAGUUUAUAUAACAAAGAUGUCAUCACCUUCUGGGCUGGCAACAUGAUGGAACUUGGUUUCGGCUACGGCACUGUCCACAUCCUUGACGACACUUAUCAGGAGACCUACACUGUCACCCUUCCAGGGAACUUCAUUUCCCCCGAUGGCGUUGCCAGAGACUCUUACAUUGAUCUCCACGAAAGCCACGUAACUAAUCGCAACACUCUGUUGGUAACCGCCUACAACAUUACUCAAUAUGAUCUGACCUCCAUUGGCGGUAAAAUGGAUGACUAUAUGCUGGAUGGGAUGUUUUUCGAGAUCGAUAUCGCAACUAAUAAUAUUGUGUAUCAAUGGAGUGCCCUUGAACAUAUUCAAGAUAUCCCCCUGGAACAGUCGAAGCAAGGUCUGGGCGACGACUAUGGCACCCAAGAAAAGCCUUGGGAUGCGUAUCACAUAAAUUCGGUGGAGCUUGUAGAUGGAGGCUGGAUUAUUUCCCUGCGUCACUACUGGUCCGGCUACUUCAUCGCCGAGAACGGCACGGUCAUGUGGCGACUGAGUGGUGAGAAGGGUGUUGGCGACUUUGAGAUUGACGAUGGUGCCGUCUUCUCGUGGCAGCAUGACAUACGUGUCUAUAACCAGACAAAUGAGGGCAUGGUCCUGGACCUGUUUAAUAAUGCCAACACCCCCACGGAAACGGUUGCUCCCACCACCGGCCUGAGUUUGUCGUUGGACCUGGUCAACCGGAAGGCUAUCACACUGCGGACCAUGAACGACGGUGAUGAUGUCAUCCACAGUGUCAGCCAGGGAAGCUACCAGCUGAUGAGCGAGGAAACGAACCAUGUCUUCAUGGGUUACGGUUCCAUCUCGAAGGUGAAGGAGUUCGACGCCAACAACAAUGCGGUUCUCACCGCCCAGUUUGGGGAUGACAAUGCUGUUGCGUCCUACCGUGGCUACAAGUGCCAGUGGAAGGCUACCCCUUUCUGGAAACCCGCCGUCGUGGUGGAGCGGCACUCAACAUCUGCUACGGUCCAUAUGAGCUGGAAUGGAGCCACAGAGCAUGACAACUGGGCCAUCUACACGGCCAGCUCUCCUGAGUCUACCGACCAUACCUUUAUUACAUCUGCCAAACGGACCGGCUUCGAGACCGCUGUGGACGUAAACAACUUGAGGAGCCCUUACUUCCAGGUAGUUGCUCGGAAGGGGAAUGUUCCACUUAGCAGCGCCAUUGUCCCUGUUGCUUGA